AUGUAGCCAUAGAAUUGUAAUAAGGCAGUCAUCCAAAACCUUUAAGAUAUGAUCAUCAAUCAGGCUGACAUGAGCAUAUUCUUGAGACAAAGUCAAAAGCUGAGAGUGUUGCUUACAAUACCACCAAAGCAAAGAACGGAUGAUCACAUUAGAGAAAUUAGUGUUUUAGUGCAGGGAGUCAAAUUUUUAUCUCGAUAUCGUGAGAAGCCUUAUUACAAUGAAUUGUGUCGUAAUUUAUAUGUAAAGACAUUCCAAUAAAAAAAAACAAUUUUCAAGUAAGGAGAUAAAGGAACGUGUUUCUAUGUUAUUUUGAGUGGGAUAGUGAAAAUAUAUGCUAAUGAGCCUACUUUAGCUAUAUUGGGGAAGGGCAAUUGUUUUGGGGAAAUAGCGUUGUUUUUUGGGUCUUAGAGAACUGCAACGGUGAUAGCAGAAUCAGAAUGUGAUCUAUUAAUGUUGGAUAGAGAUGUGUUUUAAAAAUAUAUAUAAGAAGAUUUGGAUGUUUUCGAUUUGUAAUCAACUAAUCUGAAGGAUGUUAGACAUUUCCUUAAAAAAGUUUAACAAUUCUCAUUUUUUAGUUCUGAGGAAAUUACUUAGAUAAGUACAAAAUGUCGUAAAUCAACUCUUAAAUAAUAAACCAUUAUUUUAAAAUAAGGUGUUGUACCUAAAUCAUUAUACAUAAUUAAAAGUGGGAGAGUGCGUGUAAUGAAGAAGAUCGAGGUUGGCACUCAGUAUUAUGAAUUAGAUGAAUUGGAACAGGGGUCUGUUUUUGGAGAUCAUGCUUGUCUGACCAAUAGUGCAUCUGAGUACACUUAUAUCACUUCGCUGCCAAGUGAAUUAAUUCAUCUUAACGGUUUCGAUUUAAAACAAUAUGUUUCAUAAGAGAGUUUAAAUAAGUAUGUCGAGUCUGUUCGUUUCUAUCCAGAGCCAGAAACUCUGUGUCAAAUGCAAGCAGAAGAUCUGUAGUGGAAGGAGUACAAGAAGUAGUUAGUUCAAAACGUGUUGAAUGAUAAGAUGAACAGCAGAGGAUUUGAUAAGAGGAUGCGGUUACCUGAAUUACGUUAUAAAUUGGUGGAUGCUCCUGAUCAGUAGAUUUUCCAGAGGACUUUGUAAGAGUUAAUGAUUUAUGUUGUAGUGUAUUGA